AUGACUGUGUUGACCACAAUCACCGCUCUCUACUGGUUAAGUUUCCUGGACUUCAUUCUCCAGUGGUACUUUCUGAACUGGGCGUUUAUCAUGAACGGGAACAUCAAGGAAUCGAUCUUCUUUUCUUCAUUGGACUCCCCACUGUGGGUUUCGGAAUUGCUGCGGAUAAUCGAGACUGUUAUCUUUGUUAUUUCGGAUGGACUUCUGGUGUGGCGAUGUUACCACGUAUGGGGUGAAUCAAAGCGAAUUAUUUCCAUUCCUCUAUUAUUCUUCUUUGCGGAAUGUGCUAUGGUCAUUACUCUGACUGUGGUUACUGCAAUCUGGCCACCACCUCAGUCCCGCUCGAGAGCAUUAUUACACAAUCGCAUUGAUUCAGCCUUUUUUUUGAUGUGUCUAGUCACCACAUUUAUCGCCACAUUUCUAAUCGGCUAUCGCAUAUACCCUGUCUCUAAGCAGAACACCGGGUCGAGGACCCGAUACACCCAUAUCAUCGCUAUAAUUAUCGAGUCAUCUGCAGCAUAUUUACUGGCGUUGCUCCUUCAGGUAUUGUCCGAGACGAUCCCCGAGUUUACCAACUUACAAUCUCCGUUGGCCGAGUCGACUUACUACAUCGAUUCUGUCUCUUAUGUUGUUUCUGCGCUCGCACCUACGGCUAUGGUUCUACGUCUUGCACUCUCCAACACAGAUGAUACCGUUAAAGACAGCACCCUGGCACAUAUAUCAGACAUGGACUUCGAUGAUGUUCAGCAGGACAAGGCCGCUGUUAGUGGUGCAGAUUAUACCAAUCCGGAUUGUGGAUUAUCUGCCCGUGUUGCGGGCGGAGAGAACGACCAAGACCUCGGUAUGGACCAGAUAGAAGAGCAGCCACGAAAGGAUGAUUAA